CGUUUACAGCAAGUUGACAAAACACAAAAGGUCAAACAACAAUCAACAAAAACUCUCCCUUUCCCUCAAAAAGAAAAAGCUCUCACAUGGCUCCUUCUUCAUCGGCGAAACCCCUAAAGGGGCCGCAAGUGUUCAUCAGUUUCCGGGGAGACGAUGUGCGCAAACACUUCAUAAGCUUUCUGGACCCUGCUUUGAGAAGAGCGAAUAUAAAUGUCUUCAUAGACGAGAAUGAGUUCUUGGGUGCAGACCUAGCGAACCUGUUUACAAGGAUAGAAGAGUCCGAGAUCGCACUAGUAAUCUUCUCAAAGAACUACGCCGAUUCGGAUUGGUGUUUGGAUGAGCUGGCCAAGAUGAAGGAACGUAAGGAUCAAGGUCGUCUCAGAGUGAUUCCCAUCUUCUAUAAUCUAUCUCCUUCCGUCGUGAAAGAACUUCGACAAGAUUUUGGCGAUAAGUUCAGGGAUAUGCAGCGCAGACAUAAACACCAGCCAGAAAGAACUAAGAAAUGGGAGGAAGCUUUAGUGUCUGUUCCUGACAUAAAAGGCAUGCCCCUGUCAGAACAAAGUGACAGAACUGAUAACGAAUUCAUAAACUCAUUAGUCGUUGAGAUUCAGAGGUUGCUGGAUUAUAUGGCUGUGAAAGGAACCCCGACAAGAGAAGAGAAUCAUCAUGGAGGUUCCAUGGUCCCUGCAAGGAAACUAGAAAAAGAAGCGAAAAAACAAGGAGUUUCUCUGGUUCCUGCAAAAAACUUAGAUAGAGAAGUAACUCUUCAAGGAGGUUAUAUGGUCCCUUCCAUAAUUCCUGCAAGACAGCUACAGAUCACUCAUUAUGACAAUAGUCAAAAAUGGGCUUGGAUUUUUAUCAACGAAGCGCCAAACUAUGAGGAACUUGAAGUUGCCAAGAUGAUUAAAAUUCAUUGGCUAAAAAUAGUAGGAACGUAUGAGGACACCAGCGAUCUAACACCAGGAGCAAAGUAUGAGGCGGUUUUUCUAGUGAAAUUAGAAGAUAACGCAAUUGGAUGGGAGCAACCAGUGACCUUGAAGCUAAAGGUGGAACAACACGAUGGGAGCGACGACAAUCGGGUGGAUCGUAAUGAGAGCCUCAAGGACUACAUAGGCCACAACUGGGUGGAUAUUCUAGCCGGAGUUUUUGUGGCGCCGCCGAGAAACAAGCCGGCAAAGAUCACUUUCACCAUGUUUCAGCACGUGACUGAUGAUAAGAAAAAGGGUCUCGUCGUCAAAGGCGUUGCAAUUCGUCCCACGAACUAAUUAAUGCGCACAAACUACAAAGCGAAGAAGAUGGGAUAUCUUUCUACUUGUCUAUUUUUUUUUAAAAUAUUAUUCCACUAAAAUAAAACAGCAUUUUUUUCAAGAUAUUCUUUCAAAUAAUAUAACAAAUUAAAAACCAUAAGAAAAGUGUAUAAUAAAAUAAAUCAAA